ACCAUUCUUGGGUAUUUAAGAAACAUUCUAGACAUGCAUAAUUCAGUAUGUCAAUCCCUUGCAAAACAUGAACGCAUGUCUUAAAAACAUCAUCUCAUCAGUGUCGAUGUCAUCAUCAAUUUUGGAGAGGCACUCAAAAUAAAAAGGUAAGCUUACUAAGCUCCCAUUUUUGGAAUACACCUGAGAGCAGAGAAUAUUGAGCAUUAAGGAUUUGAAACCUGCCAAAAGUCAGUCCAAAAAUAAGCCUUGAUAAUGUACAGAAGCCUCAGUAAUCCAUUUUAAUCUGAAUCUAAGGGGCAAAUGGUGUUAUUUGGCUUAGAUCCCCCGUUUUGUCCAUCUCAAUAACGAUUUUUCUUGGGGUUUUUCGGGCAUGUUUUGGCGCUUUUUUCCUCCAGCCAGCUGGUAGCCCCAGCAGGUCUGUAUGGUUCAAGUCCGGGAAAUUGCCAUUUCGAACUCGUUAAUACUCCAUGUCAAGUCAUUUCGGGUGGAUAUGAGCCAGGAUGAAGAGGACGACCAUGUACCGGCCAAGGCCGAAUGUGAGGCCAGGAUUAAUGCCUUCGUCGAGGUCACGAACACGAACGAGGCUUUAGCUCAAAUGAUGCUCCAGGAAAACGAGUGGAACCUCGAUUUAGCCGUGGCAGAUUACUUCAAAGACGAGCAAGCAUCCACUUCUGCGCGAGAACCCCAUCGUCCAAGAAGCGGUAUUCCAGCCGAGAUCCAGGACCAAGUCACCACCAAAGCCCCCGAGAAAUUAUCUCUGGUGUCGUGGAAUAUUGAUGGAUUGGAUGAAAAGAAUUUGAAAGCCCGAUGUCGGGCCAUCAUUCAACAAAUCGAGCACCAUGCCCUGGAUAUUGUUUGUCUACAAGAAGUCAUUCCCACUACCCUGGCCUACCUGAAGGACAAGCUACCGCAUUAUCUGAUUCUAUCUGACCACGAUAAGGAAGCGGACUAUUUCACGGCUAUUUUGCUCCGGCGAUUCACUGUUUACCUCGACGAUUUCAAAACCAUUCCUUUCCUGGAAAGUCGGAUGGGCCGAGAUUUGAUGAUGGCCAAUUGUCACAUUGGACAAGCCAAGCUUUGUAUUAUGACCACUCACUUGGAAUCCACUCGGGAGUUUGCCCAAGAGCGCAUCAAUCAGUUGAGCCGAUGUUUUAGAGAAGUUCAAGCGGUGUGCCAAAAGGAUCCAUCUCGAACGGUCAUCUUGGGGGGCGAUCUCAAUUUGAGAGACCCAGAACUUGAACAAUUGGGUGGACUACCCCCUGGGCUAGAGGACUUGUGGAUCCAAACUGGCUCAAGAGAUGCGUGUCGAUACACUUGGGAUUUGACUCGAAAUAACAAUUUACAGAUUGCGGGUGGUCGCACCAAGCCUCGUUGUCGAUUUGAUCGACUCUAUAUUCAAGAUUCGGCACCUAGACGCCUAACAGCGGAGUAUUUUGGCCUCUUUGGGAUCGAACGAGUUCCUGGAUGUCAGCGGUUUCCUUCCGACCAUUGGGGCAUCAUGAGUGUGUUCAAGGUCAAAAGUAACGAGUGAAAAGACGAUGGGAAAAUUGAUGGCUUUUUUUUGGCAUUACAACUCGAAAACGCAAUUGCUGAAAGUAUUUUCAAAUUUGAGCUACAUCUCCACACUUACAGAGUAUAACUACGCCCUACCCCAUUCCGCUUCAGGCAUUUUAUUGAAAGAUCAAAGUCUAAGAGUCCCAAGAUCCAAAUCACAGAAAUAAAUGGUUUUAACUCUUGUGAAAA